AUGGUAAAAUUACUCAGGUUCAUCAAGGCAGCUGUAGUGCUGUGCCUGGAUGUAGGCUUUACGAUGAGCAGUUCUGCCUCUGGUGAGGAGUCUUCACUUGAACAAGCCAAGAAGGUUAUGACAAAGUUUGUGCAGCGACAGAUUUUUGCUGAGAGUAAAGAUGAAGUCGCUGUAGUUUUGUUUGGCACAGAUGGUACUAGGAAUGACCUUGCCAGUGGGGAUCAAUACCAAAACAUCACUGUACAUAGGUCACUAAUGCUACCAGAUUUUGAUCUGCUGGAAGACAUUCAAGAUGUGAUUAAAGCAGGCUCUGAACAAGCUGACUUUCUGGAUGCAAUUAUUGUGUGUAUGGACUUGCUUCAGAAGCAAACAAUAGGAAAGAAAUAUGAGAAGAGACACAUUGAGCUGUUUACAGACCUUAGCAGUCCUGUCAGUGAGGAUCAGCUGGAUAUUAUCGUUGAUAACUUGAAGAAAACUGGAAUGUCACUUCAGUUUUU